UUAAAUUUCCUUCUUACCUCUGUCGACUCUCUUCCACACCUAAACCAAUCUAGAACCCAACUGUAUAACGUCACCGAUCGCAAGUCUCUCCUUUUUCACUUCGACUUUCUCAACGCUCCUUCGCUCCUCUUUGUACCGUGUACCGGCCGUUCGUUCCUCCUUGAGAUUUCUCGACCCUCCCACACCACCUGUACUACUAUAUCCAUCAACCAUAUGAACCCGAGUUCGGACCGGCUAGGCUGUUAUAUAUUCUCCUCUCACAUCUGUUAUUGUCCUGAGACUUGA